AUGAAUCCAAGUCAAAUGGAUAAAAGAAAGAAAGGUUCUGCAAAGGAGCUGAGGCUUAUGGUUGUCGGGAGCAGCGGACCCUCUCAGUUCCAACUAACCAAUGCUAUAAUGGGAAAGGAGGUCUUUUCAAUGGAUCUUACCAGUAUUUCUGCAAGUGUGAAGAACAAGGGAGAGCUGUCUGGGCGACCAGUGGGAGUGGUCAACGGACCAAACAUGUAUGACAAGGAUAUAACUCAUGUAAAAUGGAGGAUGGAGCUCAGGAGGUCUAAGUGCUUAUGUAUACCUGGUCCUCAUGCCUUCCUUAUUGCCUUUGACAUUGAGAAAAUCUCUCCAAAUGACAUGAAAACUCCCUGGCUGUUAAAAAAAUGCUUUGGAGCAAACUGUCUAAAACACUGCAUGGUCCUCUUUGCCUAUGAAGGAAAUCUGGAUGGAGCUUCUCUGGAAAACAGAGUGAAGAAGACAGAAUGGUACCUGAGAGAACUGAUUGAGAAGUAUGGUGGGCGCUUUCAUGUUUUCAAGAAGGACUGGAGAGAUCGAAGCCAAGACAAGGAGCUACUGCGGAAGAUCGAGUUAAUGGUGGCUUCGUUGGGAGGGGGACAUUUCUCCUGCAGAACUUUCCAAAUGGCAGAAGACAGUGUGAGGAAGGAGGAGAAGAGGCUCAGAAAACAGAGGGCAGUUGUGAUAGAGCGGACAUGGAAUGAGAUGGAGCAGCAGUACAUGUCAGAGGAGCUGUGUUUCCAAAAGGAUGUCUACAUUGCCAAUGUUCGCGCAGAGAUUCAGGCUAAGGCAGAACUUGAUAACGGAUGGCUCAGAACAUCCCUGGCCAGGGGACUGGGUAUUGGCUUAGUUGUGGGGGCAGUGAUUGGUGCAAUCUUUGGAUCUAUUGAGGGAGUGGGAGGAAUGGUUCUUUUUGGUUUUAUAGGUGGGGCAGUUGGUGGAUCUGCUGGGGGAACUGCUCAGGUGGCAAUCAAGCAUAUGGAAAAUAGAGUUACCCCGCCAGCCAGACUCAACUUCAAUUCCAUCUUCAUUAACCGCUUCUUUGCAGUUCCUCGUACAUGAGAUUACUUAAUUUUUCAGUAUAAAAAGAAAUGUUGCUUAUUUGUGUACAAGUGGAAACAACUCGAGUCAUCUCUCGCUCUUUAUUUUAUGUUUUUAUUGAGACUCCUUCCAGUGUAUUAAAGUCAUUUUAAAAUGAUCUUUUCAGCUGUUCCAAAUGUCCUUGAAAGGUUUGUCUUAUGACAUUGACUGAUGUUCGCUUACUUUUUCUUUAAUACUUGACAGUUUUCACAGG